AUGUCUUUGUCCCUCUCAUGUGCUACCACAAAAACAUCUUUGAAGUUCCACAGUUGCUUGAAAUAUCAACAACAGAGACCAAAUACUUCAGUAACAUUUGUGAGGUGUGAAUCAAAAGACUCAUCAGAUGAGAAUGGGUUGCUUGAAAAACGUACAAAGUUGGAUAAAGGGUCUCCCGUUAUCAUCAUUGAAGCUCCAAAGAUGAUCAAAACUGCAGCCUCUGUCCCUUGCCUCAGAGUUAAUUCUGGCUUAGUCAAACCUGGUGAUGUUGGAAGAAUUGUUUCAAGAAAGCCAAAGGAUGUUUGGGCAGUGAGGUUGAGCAUUGGAACUUAUCUUAUUGAUGGCAAAUAUUUCAAGCCCUUAGAUUUGGCUUAG